GUCGUUUCUUAGUAUCAACUAGUGCUUUGAAUGAACAAGUCAUCUCAGUUUUAGUGAUUAGAUCACCAUGAUCGUGUGUAAAACUAUUGUAUAUGUUGUUGUGCUAGUCGUAUUCACAGUGAAGGUGGAUGGUGAUGAACAAAACCUUACUAUUCCCUCUUUUGCCGGCGAGGAGUACCACACAAAGGAAACCUCGAUGGAACAUUUGCUGUUAAGAACUAACGAGAUCGAGCAGAAGCAGUGCGAUGUUACUGAGACGAUCAACAAUAUGUUACAGAACAUAGAACAAAUUCGAGAGUCGAUUGACGAGAAACUUGCCUUACAGGCGAUCCUAUCCGAUCGUUUACAGAUGACUAUCAGUCAGUUGGGGGAUAUGAUAGGCUUGAAUCUCACCGCCCUGCAGAUUCAAUCUAAUAUCGCGAUAAAGAAGGUUCAAGAAACAAUCAGCCAGAAGAUGUUGCACCAGCAGAAGCUAUAUGAAGGGUUACCGGCAAGCAUCAACCAGCUGAGUGAAACAUUGGCUCAAAACCUUACUGCACUACAGUCGUCUACCAUAAUGAAAGAUCAAGAGUCACUCGAUCAAAAACUAUCCCUUCUGGAGAAGCUGUCUGAAGAGUUACCUUCAACCAUCAAUGAAAGCGUCAACCAACUUAGAAAAACUUUGGAUCAAAACUUUACUGCGCUACAGACACAGGUUAAUGCCACUAUAAAGCAGGAUCGAGAGUCAACCAAUGAGAUGCUAACUGAGAUUGCUGGUACUAUUAAUCAACUAAUUAAAACGAUAAACCACAACUACAUGACGCUGGAGACUCGGCUGAAUAAAAUACAGUCUGAACAAAACGCCAGUAAAAAAUAUGCGCAGAUGCAGCUGGAGAUACAACUACAAGAAUCAAAGAAAGAUUUUAAAAUGUUAAUGCUAAAAUCUGGCUUUAAUCUUCAAGGCAUUUCGUUUCGUUCGUGUGGUGAGAAUCCAUCAAAGCGAUCGGGAAAAUAUUUAAUACAGCCAAGCAAAAACGAUGAGCCAUUCCUGGGAUAUUGCGAACAGACUGCUUUCGGAGGAGGUUGGCUAGUGAUCCAGUAUCGUUACGAUGGAUCGGUGGACUUUUAUCGCAACUGGACCGAGUACCGGAAUGGAUUUGGAAGUGUCGAUGGAGAGUUCUGGCUUGGGUUGGAGUAUUUGUAUCAGUUGACCUCUUUGCGAAAGCACGAGCUACUGGUGGAGCUGAAAGACUUUAAUGGAAACUACAAGUACGCACGGUAUAGUGAAUUUGCCAUCAGUAGUGAGGAAGAGCAAUAUUCGCUAACGAAGCUGGGAUCGUACACGGGAACGGCAGGAGACUCAUUGUUAUAUCACAAGGGCAAGAAGUUUUCGACGAAGGAUCGGGACAAUGAUCCUUGGCAAACUACGGAUUGUGCUAACCAGUGUCAAGGAGGGUGGUGGUACGGGUUCUGUGCGCAUACAAAUCUGAACGGAAUGCGUAUAGAUAAUGUGACAGAAGAGUCAAUGACCUGGUUCCACUACAAUAAAUCUUGGCAGGGUAUGGCACGCUCAAGAAUGCUCAUCCGCGAAACAUAGCGAAUUAUGUACCAGACGAUUGCGUACCGUAUGCGUUAGUUAAUCCACAAGACUUACGAAUUGAAUAAGCUUGACGUUAAAAUGUCAGUUGUUAUGUUUUGCGGACAAAACAAUUCAUUGCGUAAGCUUUAAAAUGUGGGUAGGGGGGUGGAGGUGUAAAUUAUUUGACAGCCUCGGGGUCCCAACGUCCCCCCUUCCGGAGGCCCUUGGAGAAAGUACUCUGUCCACUUUUAUACACACAACAUACUAUAGACUACCGAUCUACGGGGCCCCAGGCGAUCGCCUAGUUCGCCUACCGUUAGAUCCACCUCUGUUAAUAAUGUAUGAUCCAAUCGACAAUUGUGUUCGCAGUUUCCUAUAACAACAGUCGAGGUUACAUAAUAAAUAAUUCAUCUCUCGAGCUUGUAUUAACUUUUCUUUCACUUUCACCCUCUCUAAUUUGAAACUCCCUCUUGUUUGAAAGUCCAAUCGGC